AUGUGUUUCGGGAGUCGACAGAAGGACGAUGGGAGCGCCGCUCGCUCGCGGGAUCUGGAUCGCAUGAUCCGCCAAGAUGAGAAGCGCUUGUCCAAAGAAGUCAAGCUCCUGCUCCUGGGUGCCGGAGAAUCUGGAAAGUCGACCGUGCUCAAACAGAUGAAGUUGAUCUACGCCCAAGGCUUCAGCAAGAACGAAAAGCUCGAAUGGAAGCCCGUCGUCUUCAACAAUAUUGUUCAAUCCUUUCGCCUGAUUCAAGAUGCCAUGGCUGAGAUGGGCAUCGAGUUCAGCAACCCCGAAAACGAGGUAAGCAACACUAGACAGGGUCAACUGCACACCAUAAGCUUGCGAUAUGCGGCGAAACACAUGGCACACAUCUUGGUGGAACACGAGAUCAAUGCUUCAGAUCCCCUCCCGCGCGACUAUCUGCAACCCAUAAAAGAACUUUGGGUCGAUGGUGGCGUCAAGCAGGCCACUGCCAAGGGUAACGAGUUUGCCCUGCAUGACAACCUGGCAUACUUUUGUGACGAUUUGGACCGCAUUUGGAGUGAAAACUACGUGCCAACAGACCAGGAUUUGCUGCGCUCGAGACUACGAACAACAGGUAUCACCGAAACAGUUUUCGACUUGGGUCAGCUGACGUACCGUAUGUUCGACGUCGGUGGCCAACGUUCAGAACGGAAAAAGUGGAUUCACUGCUUCGAGAAUGUGAAUUGCUUGCUUUUUCUUGUCGCCAUUAGUGGAUACGAUCAGUGUUUGGUUGAAGAUAAGGAUGGCAAUCAAAUGAACGAGGCUCUAAUGCUGUGGGAGUCUAUCGCCAAUUCCCACUGGUUCACAAAGUCCGCCCUGAUUUUGUUCCUCAACAAGAUGGAUCUCUUCAAGGAGAAGCUGCCCAACAAUCCCAUCACAUCACACGGUUUCACGGAUUACCAUGGACCUCCCGACGACUGGAAGGCUGCCAGCAAAUACUUUUUGGACAAAUUUCGCGCAUUGAACCGAAACACCGAGAAGGAGAUCUACGGUCAUUUUACAAACGCCACCGACACGAAUUUGCUCAAGAUUACUAUGGGCUCAGUCCAGGACAUGAUCAUCCAGCGUAACUUGAAGCAGCUGAUACUAUAA